GUGGUGGUGGUGGUGGUGGUGGUGGUGGUAGCGGUGGCGGCGUCACCACACGCGCGCGUACCGGGGCCUAACGAACUCGUGUGUUGUAACAACGGCCGCUAGCGUCGACGCCGCGUCACGGCGGUGUGUGGCCGCGCGAUAACGCACACGAGAAAGGGACGCACACAGCGCGGCGGCCCGGCGACGCCGUAACACGCAGCAACGUCACGUCCCCGAUGGUGAAGCUGCGCAAAGUGCUGCCCGACGACAGCGGCGGCGGCGGCGGUGGCGGCGGCGUCGGCGGUUCCUCGCGGCGCCGAUUGUUCCUUACCGCGGCGGCGGCAGAACGUCUCGCCACUUCCGGCUAUGCGUCGCGCAAGGGCUAUCGAAGGAAGCUCACACGUGCAAAAGUGCUGAGGAUGCUGACGCCGAGGCGAGCGGGACCGGUGGGCCCCGAGGAGAUCGGGGACGAGUCCGGUGACAAGGGUCCCAGCGACCCGACGAGCGGCUCGGUCACCCCGGGCGGCUCCUACGAGAACGGCGACAACUCGAAGGAGUUCCUAUCGAGCGGAAGGACCGGCAGGAGGAACGCGUUACCGAAUAUCCUCGGCCGACACUCCAAGACCGGCCUCUCCGACCUGUCGGAUCGUUUCGAGGAAAUGUCCACCCACACAGAUCAUUCUACCAACAGCGGGCAGGACCCGAACAUACCGAGCACCUCGAAACAGCACGGCUGACAUGUCCAUGAGGCUUCGUAGCGGAUCUCGCUGUCGCGACACGCUGAACCUUCCCAUCACCGAUGACGACGACGACGAUGACGACGAUGAGGGCGCGCUGGAAACACAUGUAUCGUUUCUGCGAACAAAGUCCUCCGCUCUUUGGCUCAUGUUACUGCGAUGGAAUGUAUCGAUGAACGACUGACGCGCGUACGACGAAUCGAACGCGUGUUCUGAUUCGUCUUCUAGGGAUUGUUAGGAAAUAUUUGAUGACGGGAGAGGCCGACGGAGUUUGGGCUCAAAGGAAACCGUUGACAAAUUUGAGGUUUUGAUUGCAGGAAAUUGUCAAGUCAUAAAUUGUAAGAUUUUCUCUGAGCUUUGCAGGCAAACUUUACAAAUUGCGGACUUGUCUCGCUCGUACAAUGAAUUUUUUUGAAUAGGGACUCAAAGGGAACCAAUGAUUCUUUGCCGUUAAGGUAAGAUCGACCAGCGACUCGAACACUCGGUUUCGCCAGGCAAAAUGUCCAGUAGCUUGCGCGGAAUACCAAAAUCGUGCACGUCUAUUUUUUGUCGGAUUAAAAGUGACGUACGCUUUGUCUCAUUAAAAGCAGAUAAAUAAAAUGCUGAAUUAUAACAUAGGCCUAUAAAAUGUCAUUUUACUUCUUCUUUUUGUUGUCACUGAAAUACGACCUAAAAAGUGAAAUUUCAGAAGUGUUUUUCAGCAUUUUCUACGUUAAAUAAUUAAUGAAUCACAUAUUUCUGUAUACUCUGUCAGAGUUGUAGUAUAUUUCGUAUUAAAACUGGCAAAGUAAAUAUUGAAGCUGAAGUUAAAUUCACUGAAUGUGAUAUGAUAUUUGGCUUGACUCUAGCUUUGUUAAUAAUGACGCUGUUUUAAAAAUACAGCCAGUUAUGUGUACAUGUGUGUACGCGUGUGUGUAUGUGCGUGUGUAUAUGCGAUACGUAUUUUUAAUAAAAUUUCUACAAAAGUCCUUUUUAUUUUAUAUUAUAUUACGCGAUUAUUAAUUGAAAUACUACGAGAAAAGAGCCAAUGAAAUACGUGCCAUCAAGAAAACUCGUUGAAUCAAUUUAGAAUUUUUCACUUUGUGCUGUUGUUAAAUUUUACAAGUUUCGCCCCACGUGGAUAGCGGGAGAACUAAUUGUACGCUUUUAAUAUCCAACAGCGGCAUUGAUAUUAAUGCACAGUGUAUCCGUGAUAAAUACGAGUAUUAAUUAAAUUAUAUAUCGUAGAAUUACUGCGUCCCUCCUAAAAAUUGCGUGCUUUAUGACGUCGCAAUUUAUAAUAUACAGAGUGUCUAAUAAUUAUUGAUUGACACAACGUUCGCGAGUAGGUAGUGCGGACUAAACCAAACGGUAUCAUUUUCCGAUUUUUGCAAUAAUUAACAAGAAAUUAAUUUAUAAAGAUCUACGAAUCAGGCGCUUUAUCACAAAAGAGCGUCUAGUGUUUAUGGUAGCGGGAGAAACGUUCUAUAAACAACAAUCCAUGUGGAAAGGAACUAUUGAAAUGUCAUGUAGUAUUAUGGGACAUUACGAUUCUUUACUAUGGGAAACAUGACCAGUUUACUAUUCAAUUGCUAUUCAGUUAUGUAGUCGCCAAUAGUUACUAUUCAGAACUAUUCGCGAAUAGUCGUAGUGCAGUAUUAUGGGACAUUUCUAUUCCAUUACUAUUCACGCUCGUAAUCGCCACUAGUUACCAAUCAAGUUACUAUAGAAAUUGAAUGGUUCUCAAUACAAUUUUCUUUCCAUACGGGGUGUGUCAUUCGUGCAUAGCUUGUUUAUAGAGCGCUCCUCCCACUGUUUCGCUGUGCACUAAGAAACUCUAGGCUGCAAAUUUUAAAUUAAUUUUUCAUUAUUUCUAACAGCACAAGAUAUCGCAUGAAUAUUCUAGAAUAUUCUAGAUAUUGUACGAACAUUCGUACAAUAUCGUGAUAUCGUGGAUACGUUUCUAAAAUAUCGCAGUAUUUAUUCGAUAUCAUGUACAAUUAUACAGGGUAAUUAUUGCGAAAAUCGCAAAAUACAAGACUUAUCUGUUCAGUUAGUCCGCACUACCUAUUUACGAGCGUUGUAUCAAUAAUUAUCGGGCAGCGUGUGUAACAGAGUAUUCUAUAUCGCGUUAAAUCCCAGAUCCUUGAUUCCGAUCCGCAAUUCCAGAUUCGUUUGUCAGUUCGGCUGCAACGGGAUUCAGGUUGCAGCGAGCGAUGGUCUCGUUCACCAACAAAACGUCAACUCGGUGACCGGAGAAUCUAUCUGACUGUAAGUGAGAUUUAGUACGGUCGAAAUUCCACGCGCUUUCGACGAGACGAGACGCGCUCGUCUUUUUCAGAAUAAAUAUGUUGAUUCCUAUAGACUCCCGCGAUAAAAAAAAAAAAAAAAAAAAAAAUACUCGGAAGCGGCUUCGCAGGAAAAGCGUAGAGAAUAUUCUCGGGCGAAAAUUACCUUGCGGGUCUCACGGCCGUAAUUUCUUCUUUAAACGUUUACCGUGGAAAUGUAAAUCGCACUCGCAACAUCCAAGUUACGAGGCGCCAGUGUCACGGCGUAAUUUUAUUAAACGUCGUGCGUUUACCUAGGCCGCGUCGCCCCGCGUUGCCGUGCAAUUAUCCGUUUUCAUUAAACGUUGUGCAGCAACGUUGCGGCGGCAACGCGCGCGGAUUUUUUUGUUUCUUUCUUUUUUCAGCGGCCGAAACGUCGAUUAGAUGUUUGUACAGGUGGAACCAGGCGUAAAAUAGCAUACAAUAGCUUACAACGGCGGAUGUGUACAUACAUGUAGAUUACCCGAGAGUGAUACAUUUCACUCGAGGUUGUCCUAGAUUUUCACGAACAUGCGUAUGAGCAUAGUUAGUUAAGUUAAUCAAUAAGGUAUAAGGCUUAACGUACGAUUAAAUCUGUACAUAUAGGCACACACGUAUCAUGUGAUCGCAGCGUAUGCGCUCGUACUCCUCGACGUUCGUUUUCUCGGAGCGUCGUUUGUUUUCUUUUUUCUUUUCUUUGUUUUUUUUUCCUGCGCCGGGCAAACGAAAGUUGGGAUUUAGGGACCUGCCCUAUACGAGAGUGUGUACGGCGACGUUAUGGAUCACGUUUCCCCGCGUGACAUAAAUAAACACUUUCGGACACUUGCGUCGGCGGCGGCGGCCGUCCCGAGGGUACGCUUCGUCCUUAUUCGCGUUUUUCGAGGCGUCGAAGCGACGAGGAGGAGAAGGAGGAGGAGGAGGAGGAGGGCGACAUUCGUACGACUUGGCAGCCUAUCACGACGCAAAAAGUUCCAGCGAUAAAAUGAUUUGUAUCCGUGUACCCGAUAAGAUCAAUCCGGGAGCGCGGACUCGCCCCCUACCCAGUUCGAUCGUAUUUAAUGACAAUGAGCACCGCUAAAGGCUCCCGAUAAGUGUUCCGUGUGUGAUAAGCGGCGAUUGAUAAAUGAUCUCUAAUCAGAUUCGUGUUGCGCUAUCUAAUCGUGCGAUGCUUGUAAUUUUUAACAACCGACCGCGCUCUCUAGCACCGGGGGGAGGUGGGGGGAGGGGGAGGGGGAUCCGCGCGUCGAUAAUGUGUUUUUCACCUGCGUACCUGCUUUUCGUAGUCAAUAACGGUAAUCGCGCCGGCCGGAGAUAACGGCCGAUCAACGUUGUGUAAAUCAACGGGUGUUUGUACGAUAAAGAAAAAGAAGAAAAAAAAAAAAAUUGAAAAUAAAAGAGCAAGAUUGAAAUAAACCCGAUCCGCUCUAACGAUAGCCGGCGAAGCGUCCGCGAUCAGUAUUUCGACGCAAAUGAUUUCCCGAGCACGUCGGGACGAUCCGGAGAUCGCGAUAACGCGUGUAUCGCGCCCACGCGAUCGCGCCACCCGAUAACACCGGCCUGCGAUACCCUCGGCAAUUAUUGUUAAAAAAAUAAUGCGGGGAUCGAUCGCGGCGCGAAGCACGGUCGAGUAUAUCCCCCUCAUUGGCCUUUGUGCGUGAGCGUAGUAUUUCCCGCGAGGAAGCUCCUCGUGCGGGCGCGCGCGGAGAAGAUCGAUGUAAAACGAUGUAACGUUAUACUUCUACCCGUAGGGACACAAUACAGUUUUGAUUUGUAACGUGCAAACUCCUUACGUCGCAACCCACCCAUCUUCUCCUCGAUCCCUGUAAGGAAAGUGUUUUCUACGAGGGGGUAACCACUUCAUGUAAUCGCGGGAUCAUAAUCAGUGUCCCCGAAAUCAUUAUGAAAUCUUUACGAAAUCAUUUGUAAUCAGAUGAAAUCAAAUGAAAUCAUUGUGAAAUUCUUACGAAAUCCUCGUGUAAUCAUUUUGCAAUCAGAUGCAAUCAUGAAAUCAGAAAUCAUAAUGAAAUCAUAUGAAAUCACCAGAAAUGACAAUGAAAUCAUAUGUAAUCAGCAGAAAUCAUUUUGGAUUUUUGUGCAAUUAAUGAAAAUCAUGCGUAAUCGUUAUGAAAAUAAUCAAAAAUUUUUAUGACGGCUUUUUUAAGAAGAUUUUUUUACCAACUGUUAUGAACUCCAAUAAAAUCUUAAAGUCAGCAAUCGAGUGCAUAUCUAUUUUCUGUAUGGUUGUGCCUCAAUUUAAUUUUACUUGAGAAAAGUUAAAAAUCAGUAAUAAUGAUUCUAAUCAAAUAAAAUCAUUUUUAAUCACAACAAAUCUGAUAAUUACAUAUGCAAUCACGAAAAAUCAUUAUGUAAUCAGGUGAAAUCAUAUGGAAUCAUUAUAAAAUUCUUACGAAAUUCUCGUGUAAUCAUUUUGCAAUUAGAUGUAAUCAUAAAAUCAUAUGAAAUCAUGUAAUCCUGGGAUAACAUUUUAACUAGUGGUUACCCCCUUGGUUCUCUAUCCCGCGUUUGCGUAUACUUGAGCGUCUCAUACUUGGCUGAGAUUGGCUCUUGUGGCACUUGAAUAAAAUCGGAAUUAAAUCGUGUCUUCUAAUCGUCACCUGAAAUCCGCGAAAAACGAAAAGAUAAGGCUCUCAAAUGCCCGUCGAGAUAAAGCGAUUGUCAGAUUCGUGGCGGCAGAUCGCUCAGAGUUCAUUACUUUAUCACGCUUACUUAUUAUUUACUCUACAUUAUGCCGUCAUAUAAAAUCAUUCCAGCAAAUGAGAAUGAAUUGAUAUGCUUAAAAAUGAAUUUAUUUCGACAUUUUUAAAUCCAUUUGAAUUUAAAAGUAAUAUAACAUAUGAAUUCACCGGAAUUCAACAUGAUAAAUAGCUCAUUUCGCAUUUCAAUUCAUUUGAGUUUGUUUGAAUUUAAAAAUACUCAGAGAUUCUAAAGCGCGAAGUCGGAUAAAUUAAAAUAAAUUGCUAUUUUUAAUUUAUUUUUGUUUGCUGGAAUUUUCCUAUAAAUUUCUUUUUUUACAAAAUCUGACAAAGUAUAAAUGACUAUUAAAUUGAGCAACAGGUCGCUCAGUUCGUUAUUUUAUCACGCUUAUUUAUUAAGGUUAAUCAAUUUCAAUGUGCUCUUUCUUUUGUUUCUUGCGUUUGGCCUUUUCACAAUGUUUUGUUGACAUUGGCGAGAUAAAAACUCCGACAGACAAAAAACAAGAAAUAGAAUUGUCGAUAAAAUAGCGCGAAGAGGCAAAAAAGGUGAUAGUCAAAAAAACUAAAAACAAAAAGCAAAUAGCAUAUUGUAGAUUAGCCUUUCACGACAAACGAAGAUGAACUGAAAUGGUUAGAGAAGACUUUAUUUCGACACUUUCAAAUUUGCGCUUCAGAUUUUUCGAAUUUAUACAACUUCAAAAAUAAUAUAAUGAAUCCAUCCGAA